GGCCACACUUGGAAGGGAAUAUUAACAAUUUUCUUUUCUUUACAAAACACGACUUUUCCUCUUUCAUUCCCUCACUGCAUUAUUAACUGCAUGUUUUCUCUCUUUCCCCUAUUAUCAUAUACUAAGAUUUGCACUUUUUCUCUCUUCUUGAGUAUAGUUUGCUAGUGAUGAGGGGGUCUUGGCUGAGCCCUUUGUUUAUGCUGGUGUUAACUUUUAGCCCAGUCUUUGCAGAGCCUUCUGGGGCUCGUGGCAAGUGCCCUGCUCGCUGCGAUGUCUCCAAGUGCCCAAGCCCUAGUUGCCCCAGUGGCUACGUUCCUGAUCAUUGCAACUGCUGCCUUAUUUGUGCUGCGGGAGAAGGUGAUUCCUGUGGCCGCAAGGAGGACCCGCCAUGUGGGGACAGCCUGGAUUGCAGAUACCCCAUGGGCAAGCGCUUUGCCAAAGGGGUGUGCCAGUGCAAACUCAGCUACCAGGUGUGCGGUAGUGACAGGAGGACCUACGACAAUGUGUGCCAGCUGAAGGCAGUGAGCCGCAAGGCUUUGCAGCAGGGGUUGCCAGCUGUCAUCCAGAUCCAGAAAGGAGCCUGUGAAUCGGGUCACCUACAGCCCAGCAGCCCAAGGUACAAGUUUAACUUCAUUGCAGAUGUGGUGGAAAAGAUUGCGCCUGCAGUUGUGCACAUAGAGCUUUUCCUGAGGCACCCUCUAUUUGGGCGAAAUGUCCCUCUGUCCAGUGGAUCUGGAUUUAUUAUGUCAGACUCAGGUUUAAUUGUGACCAAUGCCCAUGUGGUAUCUAGCAGCAAUGCUAUUUCAGGGCGACAGCAAUUAAAAGUGCAGCUACAAAAUGGAGAUACCUACGAAGCUACAAUCAAAGACAUUGACAAGAAAUCAGACAUAGCAACAAUAAAGAUUCAUCCUAAAAAAAAACUGCCUGUAUUAUUACUGGGCCAUUCAGCUGAUCUGAGGCCUGGGGAGUUUGUCGUGGCUAUUGGGAGCCCAUUUGCCCUUCAGAACACCGUGACAACCGGUAUUGUCAGCACUGCUCAGCGAGAUGGAAAGGAGCUGGGCCUGAGGGACUCGGAUAUGGAUUAUGUUCAGACAGAUGCCAUUAUUAAUUAUGGGAACUCUGGAGGACCUCUUGUUAAUUUGGAUGGUGAAGUGAUUGGAAUAAACACUCUAAAGGUUACUGCCGGAAUUUCCUUUGCUAUUCCUUCAGAUCGCAUCACUCGGUUCCUCACAGAGUCGCACGACAAACAAAAUAAAGAUGGGAAGAAGCGCUUCAUUGGCAUAAGAAUGCUGACGAUAACACCUGCUCUGGUGGAAGAACUGAAACACAGCAAUGCUGAUUUUCCUGAUGUCAGGAGUGGAAUUUAUGUACAUGAAGUUGUUCCAAAUUCACCCUCUCACAGAGGUGGGAUCAAAGAUGGAGACAUCAUUGUCAAAGUAAAUGGACGACCUUUGAUAACAACCAGUGAUCUCCAAGAGGCUGUGAUGAAUGAGUCCCCUCUACUACUUGAAGUUCGAAGAGGAAACGAUGACUUGCUAUUUAACAUUGAGCCUGAAGUUGUCAUGUAAAUCAAACUGAAGAAGCUCACACCAUAAUUAAACUCACUUAUUCUGGACCAUCAGAUACCUCCUUUCCAGCUACAGUAAUUAUACUUCCUGUUGACUUAUGACAAGGUGGACGAACUUGAUUGCCUGAGCCAUUUCUGUACAUCAUAGCUAAACAAAAUUGGGUCACAAAAUGAAAACAUAGGUUCUGAUUUUAAAUUACUCUGCAGAUAAAAGAGGUGUUUGUGGGAAAGUAAAAAAAAACAAGUACACCAAACUGUGCAUAUUGGGCAUAUCUGAAUAUCACCAUGGAAAUGAGCUCCACCCCGGUGCUGUAAAGUUAACAGUAAUGUUACCAUUGGUUGCGGAGCUAGCUCUGUAACUUGAAAGUCCAAAACCAUGAGCAAACCUGGUACAAAAUUGGGGAAUUUAACCUUGGAUGUUUAUAAUGAGGACUUAUCUGUGAUAUAAUUAAACUAUUCUGACUCAGAGGUGAGCUAUUGUUAACCUUUUUGAAUGUGAAAUUAGUAUUGGCAAAGCUUAUAUUUGCCCUUUAAGCGUAAACAUUAUAUGUGAAUGCAGCUAGGGAAAAAUUGUAAAUAUCAGAAGAGGUGACAGUGGUAACAGGCUACAGAGCAUUACACCUAGGUCAUGCAACUUCGGACUAUGGUAAAUGAUUCUUAUAGAAUUAAUGCUUUUUAUAUCAAUCAAACCAAUGUGCAGAAGAAAAUUAAACAUUUGAGAAAGUGCACAGUAUUUUUACAGUUUUUUUUAAAGUCGUGGUACGUAUUAGUUUUGCAUUUUACUGGUAAGCUUGGCUGUAAAAUUGAUAUACUACUUAUGGCUUGUACUGUAUAUGUUUCUACUGUAAGGGAAUUAAAGUUU